AUGAAGUUCACUGGAUUCACUUUCUCUGUCGCCAUUGCUGGCAUUGUCUCCGCUGCUGCUCUUCCUACCAUCCCUGGCCGUACCGCCGUGGGUGGCAUUGAGAACAGCCCUGAGAACAACGCCGCGAACAACGUUGAGGGCACUCUGGGGGCCCUGAAGCGUGAUGGGGGCGAUGCUGCCAGUGGUCUUGUUUAUGGUGUGACUGGCGCGACCAACGGUGCCACUGGCAUCAUCGGCAGUGCUGCGGGCACUGCUGAGAGCACUUCCUCGGGUCUUGUCGGCACUGCCGAGAGCACCGUCUCUGGAGCCGUUCCUGCUAAACGCCAAGAGGGGGGCGUUAUUGGUUCCUUAGAAGACACUCUGGGGGCCCUGAAGCGUGAUGGGGGCGAUGCUGUCAGUGGUCUUGUUUAUGGUGUCACCGAAUCGACCAACGGUGCUACUGGCAUCGUCGGCAGUGCCGCUGGCACCGCUGAGAGCACUUCCUCGGGUCUUGUCGGCACUGCCGAGAGCACCGUCUCUGGAGCCGUUCCUGCUAAACGCCAAGAGGGGGGCGUUAUUGGUUCCUUAGAAGACACUCUGGGGGCCCUGAAGCGUGAUGGGGGCGAUGCUGUCAGUGGUCUUGUUUAUGGUGUUACCGAAUUGACCAACGGUGCUACUGGCAUCGUCGGCAGUGCUGCUGGCACCGCCGAGAGCACUUCUUCGGGUCUUGUCGGAACUGCUGAGAGUACAGUCGCUGGAGCCGUUCCUGCAAAGCGUCAGCUCCCUGGUGCUGGUAACAUUGUGAAGGCCUCCGUCGAGAACGAUCUUGCCAUGCUGAGCGGCAACCCCUCUGGCCUCAUUGGUGCCCUCGGCGGCCUCCAGGGUGCUCUUGCUACUGGUGGGAUCCUCCCCAGUCAGAUCUCUUCUCUCCCUGCUGAGUUGCAGCUCGUCGUUGGCUACCUUUACACCGCUUAG